GCUUCUGUAUUUUUUUUCAAACUUUUCAGGACUUUUAGUAGACCUCUGUCACAUUUAUUACAUUUACAUUAUUAGGCCCACAUUUUAUAUACAGAACAAACACACAAAAAGUGACCUGGUUAAUAUUGAUGCACAUAACUAUUUAGACUGACCAACAUUGCCCUCUAGCGGCGUGCAGUCGUAUUUCGGCAGGCUGUCUUUUUUCGGCACAACAGCGGCAGGGCGGGGUUUGUUUUGAGAGAGAGAAGACUCACCAGGGAAGAUGGCGACCGCAGGGUCCGCCGAACGGCCUGGCAGACCGGCCAGAGCCGCCGCCAACGCCGGCAAGUACCGGUCCCGGUCCAGGCCCGGAGCUGGGUGUGUGUCCGGGUCCAGUCCUCCGGAGAACGAGGUGAAGAAGCGGCCGGGGUACGUGGAGGGGCAGAGCGGCGGCGGCGGCUGCGGCAGCCCGCCCUGCGGACACCCGUCGGCCUGUCAGAGACGCUCCGGCAGCGGAGAGCGGCUCCGGAGGAGGAGUGACCCCGAGAAGAGUAGCAGCAGGCCGGCCAAGAGGAACUACGACACCCGGAAAGAGUUCUUCGUCUCUCCCGCCCUCAUCCCAAAGUGCUGUGACCCUUUAUCGGGACCCCCCGGGAAACACAAGCUGCUGCUGUCGGAGGACAGAGAGGAUGUGAAGAGGAGACACGACGAAGAGCCGGGAGUUCUGUCUGACUCGGAGAACGAGGAGCCAAUCAGCAGGAGGAUCAGAAACAUCUCGGCCUUCAUCAGGAAAACCAAAACGUCUGCAGCCUUCACAGGUGGUUCCCAGAGGAGUCAGAGCUGCACCGACCCCGUGGAGGACCGAGGAGGGAAGCUGAAAGUCGUCACCCAGCCGGCCCUCAUGGACCGAGUCGGCAUCAGUCACAGCUUCACGGCGGGAAUCCUCCUCUCGUCGGAGAACAGCCGCUCCGUCUCGGCGCCCAUCACGGCGCCGGACCGCCGUCACCCGUGGCGACCGGUCCUGUCGUCCUCCUCCACGCCCCCGGCCCUCCCGGCCCAGCCGCCGCGGGCCGAGCUCUCGGCCAGCCCCGACAGCAACGACAGCAUCUCGGAGGAGCUCAACCACUUCAAGCCCAUUGUGUGCUCGCCGUGCACGCCGCCCAAGCGCCUGGCGGACGGCCGCCUGCUGGAGCCCGCCAUCGUGAAGUCCACGCCGCGCAACCUGACGCGAGGCCUGCAGAAGGCCACCAGCUACGAGGCCAGCCCCGCCGUGCUGCAGAAGUGGCGGCAGAUCGAACUGGACCGGCAGAGCCUCAAAGUCAGCUGCAAGGCCACGCUGACGAGCCCCGUCGGAGACACGCACGGCGGAGCGGAUGCAAAGACUCACCAGCCCACCGCGGCGGCGCGGGACGGAGUCCCGACCGCCAACAAGAGGCGGCUGCUGUUCGAGCCCCCCGCCGGAGACCCCGACGCCUUCCAGAAGCAGUCGGUGAAGAUCCGAGUGCCGGCGGUCCGCUACAGCGGCGAGGCGGCCUUCAGAGGAAGUUCAGACUUUGAGCUGACGGUCGGCGCUCCCGAAACCUGCAGCGGUAGCGCGCUGUUUGGCCGGCGCCGCUCAUUCUCACCGUACACUAAGAACGCCGGUUUCCAGUCGUGUAAAUCGGCCUCGAAGGACCAGAACCAGAGGGUCUCGAAGGACCAGAAGGUCUCGAAGGACCAGAAGUUCUCAAAGGACCAGGACCAGAAGGUCUCGAAGGACCAGAAGGUCUCGAAGGACCAGAAGGUCUCGAAGGACCAGAACCAGAAGGUCUCGAAGGACCAGAAGGUCCCGAAGGACCAGAAGGUCCCGAAGGACCCCCAGAGUCCCAGGAUCGAGUGCGACAGCGGCCUCCGCAACACGUCUACCUCGCGGCGGGGACAGAAACGGGAGCAGAAGACCAAACACCUGGACGCGGAGCGGGACUCUGAGCGGAAGAGGAGCCGCUCGGCCGGCCAGGACGUCUUCGAGGAGCGGUACGCCGGCGGGCGGUCGCAGCAGGAGCGCCGGGACCGAGCCAUCGCCCUGAAACUGCAGAGACAGUUCGACGCGGAGAACCAGGCCGCCGCCCGCCGGAGGAGCCCCCAGGUGUACUUCCUGCGCUCCUGGAUGUCCAAUCAGAACCGGAGGAGGCGGGGCCUGAGGAGAUCUCGGCGAAUCAACAAGAAGCACUAGAGAGGAGUCGUUUGACUCGCGGCACAAAGACAGACAGACAGACAGACAGACGGGAAGAGAGGUUUCAUAUAUAUGCAAAGAAAGUGGUGAAAAAGUAUGAAUGUUUUUACACGAAUGCAGACUUUAAAUCACAGUCCGCUGUCGAGGAAAAGGAAAAUUUCCUCCAAAUAUUGUUUGGAGAUUGGAGAUAGGAUUCCCUACAGAGAUAGAGCUUUUAGUUAAAGAGUAAGAUCCUUUUAGUUUAACAUGAAACAGGCCCAAAAUCACCA